AUGGCGGCGCGAAACGACUUUGAUAGCAAUCCCGAGAUGGCUGGCGAUGAAAAGCACAACUCCGAUUCUCGGCUGGAGAGCACCACGGCAAUUGAUCCAGCUCUUGAGAAGAAGCUGGUGCGCAAGCAAGAUGUUCGCAUCAUUCCCUUGGCUGCGGGUAUCUAUUUGCUCUGCUAUCUAGACCGUUCCAAUAUUGGCAACGCCAAGGUUCUCAACCAUACGACCGGUCAUGAUCUUCUCACGGAAACCAACAUGACCAACUACGACUUUACCAUUGCCCUCAUGGUUUUCCUCAUUGCGUAUGCUCUCUUCGAAGUCCCGUCCAACUACUUCCUCAAGAAGAUGAAGCCCAGCAGAUGGAUCGCGUUCCUCAUGUUUGCAUGGGGCACUAUCACGAUCUGUCUUGGUGCAGCUCACAGUUACGCUGUUGUCACGGUUCUGAGAUUUCUUCUCGGUGUCUUUGAAGCCGGCUUGUUCCCUGGUCUGGUAUACUAUCUGACAUUCUGGUACAAGCCUGAAGAGCGCUCGGUUCGCGUCGCGACUAUCUUGGCAUCUGCUACUCUUGCCGGAGCUUUUGGCGGCGCCAUCGCUUAUGGAGUUGGUCAUAUGAAUCAAGUCCAUGGUCUUUCUGGCUGGCGGUGGCUCUUCAUCCUCGAGGGUAUCCCUUCCGUGAUCUCGUCGGCAUUCGUCUGGUUCGGACUCCCAGAUUUUCCCGAGUCAGCCAGCUGGCUCUCUGCCGAAGAAAAGGACAUUGCAGCAUAUAGACUUUCUGAGCAGGGAUCACAUGGCGAUAGCAAGUCCAUGACAUGGGAGGAUGCUAAGUCAACGCUGCUGGAAUGGAGGCUUUGGUGCCAUUACCUGAUCUACUUCGGCAUUUCAGCCCCAUUCUCCAGCCUGUCGCUCUUCACGCCUUCUAUCACAGCUGGCCUCGGGUUUGCGGAUCUUAGAGCCCAAUUGAUGACAGUGCCUCCUUACGCAGCUGCCUACGUCGUUACACUGCUUGUUUCAUGGUCAGCAGACCGACAUAAUGCACGCGCUCUUCACUCCGCUGUAUUCUCCUUGAUAGGUGCCGUCGGCUUCAUUGCCUCUGCAACUCUUCCUGCCGAUUUUUACAGUCCUCGCUAUGGCUGUCUGAUCGUGGCGGCGUGCGGAUCAUUCGCCUGUAUCCCUCCUCUUCUAGGCUGGCUGUCGUCCAACCUUCAUUCCACGGCGGCCAUCGGCUUGGCCAUUGCGCUCAAUAUUUCCAUGGGAGCGCCUGGUCAAAUCGUUGGUGUCUGGAUCUAUAAGGCAAACGAAGCCAAGAAGGGCUAUCCAACAGGACAUUGGGUAAACGCUGGUCUGCUCUUGUUUGUGAGCGUUGGCUGUGUCGCUAUGCAUGGGUACUAUGUCUGGAGAAAUAGACGGGCUGCUGGUACCGACCAGCCUCGCUUCAAAUACUAA